AUGGAGGUUGGAGAAGGGCAGAGCUGGAUGACCCCAUACCUGGAGUACCUGAAAAAAGAAAGGCUCCUCGAAGACAAAGCUGAGGUAAAGAAAAUUGUAGCCCGAGCUGCCAAUUACCAAGCGAUAAGGGGAACCCUAUAUCGAAGAGGGAAAUCCAGCCCGUGGCUCCGAUGUGUAAGCCCAGAAGAGGCAACAAGGGUUAUGGAGGAGAUUCACUCAGGAAUAUUCGGGAUACCAAGGAUGCUCAUAUCAGAUAAUGGUAAGCAGUUCGACUGUAAGACCUUCAAAGACUUCACAAUGAACAUAGGCAUAUGGCACAAGUUUUCCUCGGUAGCCCACCCUCAAACCAAUGAUCAGACGGAGGUCACAAACAGAGCAAUCCUUCAGGAGUUACAAAAACAGUUAGACGGGGCCAAAAAGAAUUGGGCAGACGAGCUGAACAACAUCCUGUGA